CACGUCGUACACACGUAAAUACCCCGGUACGAUCGAACGCGAACGAAGGGUUGCUGGAAUAAUAUUUUUAAUUUUAGACAUGUUUUUAAAUAUUUCCAGCUGAAAUCAUGUGUGGUUCAGUGUCACGUCUACAGCUUACUCUUGCUGUCAUGAAACCAGAUGUAGUAGCGCAUCCAUACAGAUUCAGGACUAUAAAGCAGAUUAUCCUUGAGAAUGGUUUUCUUGUGGUGUGCUCCAAGAAGCUACAGUGGUCCAAAUCAGAUGCAGCAAGAUUCUACGCUGAACAUGAAGGUCGAUUCUUCUACAAUCGUCUGGUAGGUUUCAUGACUAGUGGACCAAUGUGCGCUCAGAUAUUGGCAGGAGAUAAUGCAAUAGCAAGAUGGCGGAAACUGAUGGGACCAACUAAAACUUUCAGAGCCAAACACCUUGAACCGAACUCUAUCCGUGGAGAGCAUGGCUUGACAGACACAAGGAAUGCAACUCAUGGUUCAGACUCUCCAGAGACUGCUGCUAGGGAAAUCAACUUCUUCUUCCCAGAAUUCAACAUUCCUCUGUGGUUGGAGAGGGAGGAACCAUUAUUCAGGAGAGGGGAGUUUGAGCUCUGUAAAGACGGAGGGAUUCAUAUACCAAAGCCUACAUUCACCCAACCAGAAAGAUGACACGUACCCUUCUGUAUGGACAUAAAUUAUAGUUAGAUGCUGUAAAUGUAACUAACUGUAAAAGAAACUUUAUCGUGCCUAAAAGACUUGUGCAAACUUUGUGAGAUGUAGAUAUUUGCAAAAGUUUUAUGCCACAAAAUGAAUGAAACUACUAGGUACAUGGAAUUUUUGUUCUUCUCAGAGGGUUUUUUUCCGCGAAAAUGGCUACCAAUGACAAUUCAGGGAAGUUUCAUGAUAACAGAAGUGUCUGUUUUGACAGUAUGUGAAAGAGUGCCUAUUUAUUGGAUUUCAUUGAAAGUGGUUGUAUUCAUAUUGUUUGUCUAAAUCAAGAAUGCAAGUUCUGUGAGCACGACUUUACCUGUGAGUCUGUUAUCUGUGCAAUAUAAUAAUAUGUUCCGAAUAACUUUCGAAGUGACAACCUGUUGGUUCUACUGGUGGUCAAACAUGAACAUUUCUGUUUCAUGUCUGAUUUGGGGUUGGGUUUAGGUGUAGGGUAUUUAUGCGUAGCCACAGAAUUUGGAAAUUGGGCUAAGGGCUGGAGGCCACUUGAGAAUUGUGAAAUUGCCAGCUUCGGGGAAAUCAUCAAAUCAUAUUCAGACAAUGGUAGCCUCAUAUUUAUACAGCCAAGUUUUCAGCUUGUAUUUUGAUAUCUUAUUGAUAAAGGAAAUAUAUAGUCAAUAUUAUAAAGUGAGAAAAAAUUGGGUGCUCUCUUGCUUCACUCACUCACAAAAUGUAGAAACUUAUUGUGCAAGAAAAGAUGUCAGCCCCCCCCCCCCAAAAAAAAAAAAGAGGAGGGGGGGUGCUCUGUAGUCAGGACAGAAUCAGCACUUGUAAAUGUACACAGUUUUUAAAACACCAAUUUUUUUCUGGCAUUUUAUCUCAAAAUCUCUUGAGUUAUUUCUCUUUCGUUUGACUGUACAGUUUGGAAAGGUGAAAGUUCGCAUAGGCAUGCAAAUUAUUAUUUGUGACGUCAGUAGCGUGAGUACCGUCCAAAAACAUUGCCCUUGACCCUGAUAUACCACCCUCACAAGGUCAAGUGCAAUUUGUAUACGUUUCUGACGCCUCUGCUGACGUCGCAGCUAAUAAUUUGCAUACUUUCACCCUUCCAAACUCUACCAUGACUUGUAAGCUUUCUAGAGCGAAAUGGCUGUCCACUCUUCUCUCACUACUUUGUAAUCAUCAUCGUCAUCAUCAUCGUCUGCAGGUACUGAUUCAUAGGAACCUACCUCAUUUAUCCUCAUGUGAUCAAUAUUUAUAAACUGUGAUUAAUCUCGCAAAGUGUACUUAUCAAAUCAGGACAUUCUAAUGAAAGGUAUUCCUAUUGAUCACUAUUCAUGUGAUCAACGUUUAUGAAUUAUCUGAUUUGAUGAAUGGUAUUCAUGUAUUUGUACGUGAAGUUGGUGAACAGAACUGAAUAUGGUUACUUUUUGUUUUGUAUUAGGGAAUCAAAAUUUACAACGGUUGUUGAUAUGCUAGGUACAGGUUGAUGAACUACCGGUAAAUGGCAAAUGCACACUUUUUGUAAAUGUUGCCCUGUUUUACCAUGUUUAGUAGCCAUAACAAACUCUGAUUUAACUUUCAAUUUGAUAGAGAGAGAAGAAAGUGAAAGUUAGGGCCUUCUUUCCUAAAUUUACGCUGGUAUAUUACAAAUGUGGUACACAAUAGAAAGAAAUUAAUACAAAUUAAAUUAUGGUGAUCUCUGGUGCAACCAAACAGUCUUUGGAAAGAUGACUACUGCACCCCCUCUUUAGUUUCAACUCAGAAAGUACUGCACACUCCACCAAUAAAUGUUCAAUGGAAUCAAGUAAAUGUUCGCACAGACAAACUGAUUAUGUUCUUACUGUAGCACCUGUAUUCGUCUUCCAAUACAUAUGAGAAUCCAUUAGGCAUAAGAUACCUUGAACUUUCUGUACCUCCAUUGUAUGUGGUAUUUCAGGUGUAUGUUUAUCUGUGUGUGAUCGGUUCUUUGUAAUACAAUAAUGAUUAGCAAAAAUAUUGGCGAACAAAUAACCUCUGAUGUACCUAUACACCUUUUCUGAUAAAUUACCGGUACCUUUAUGUCAAUUGGUAUCAUUUUGGCUACGGUAAUUAUAUACAUUUUGCAGUUUGGUAACACUAACUGCACACAUAAAUUUGGGAGUAUUUUUGUACAAAUUGUGUUUUAAAGCUCUGUGGAGACUUACAUUGGAACAAAAGUCAAUUUUUCUUUUUAAGUUGUUCACGUACAUGUAUUGUUUUGUCGAUGUGUUCUUAUAUAUGCAAUCGUCAUGUUUUAAUUGUUAUAUGGGUUCCGAAAUCUUAGGUGCUAACUUAGUCAAAAUUCACAAAAAAUGGAUUAGAUUUAAUAUCGACCUGGUUUAGAUAGGAAAUAGUAGAAUUGUUUUACAUAAAAUCCACAAAAUCUGCAUUUUUUUUGGCUGAGACAAGUUUAUAAAGGCUUGCUAAUCCGUGAUAGGGGAUUGAAUUGAAUAGUUUUGCUCAUUUUUUAUUUAAAAAAACUUCUUAUCAGACGAUGAUAAAUACGUUUAUGAAAAAGAAAGUAUCUAAAGGAUUGAGAAGUGAUCACACUGCACCCAGUGUAGUAAUAUAUAUUUAUCCUUGUUAUAACCUUUUCAAAAUGUCUUCUCUGUGAAAAUAUUCUGUUUACCAGUAUGUGACCUACAAGUUGAGACUAUAAUGUUUAUACUGAGAGAGGGCGCUAGAGACACCACUACCUCCAAUGCAAUCAGAGCCAUCUAUACACAGAGUUUGGCCAACUUGGUUGUUUUGUGCUUGCACAAUUGGGUCCAACUCAAACCAGGUUGGCCAAACUUUGUGUACAGGUGGCUCUGCCUCCAAUAUGGCUGAAUAAUCAUGCAGUCGGGCAAAUAUUUGGCACAGGAUAUCACUUUUUGAGAUGUUAAUAACUUCCUCACUUCAUAUAGCAACCAAAAUGACAUAUUCUCAAAGGUGCUUUCAAUAUGGUUUGGUAGUUGAUUAAUGUGAAAUUUGAUGUAAGAGAUUUUCACAUUUAAAAGAAAUACAAAAUUGGUAUGUUUUUAUGGGAUUUUAAUUAUUGUAUCACUGUAAUGAAUAUAAAACUGAUUUUGUGUAAGGGACUAUUUUUUAUUAAAUCUUGACAGGAAAAUAAAUAAAUAAAAUAAAAGUCAGAUGAACUUUCGUGUACUUAGAGACAGAUGAAAGUUACCUCCAACGGUGAAAUAAAUCCCCAAAAUGCACUAACACUGAUUUAUCGACAGUUUUAAUGCAACAAAACAGUGAAAAAGAGGACUUACAAUGACUAAAUUAAUCUAUUUCUCUUUCCUAAAGGGUGAGAAAACAGCUAAAUAACAGAGAAAUUAGUGAUUCAAGAUAAUUAUAUGUUGUUAAUUAUGGAUCCAAAAUUAGUUCUGACCAAGUUUUAGGGCUUUGCGUUAAUUAUGCAAUUCAAUGCUAACGAUGUGUCUAUAAUAUUUCCAUGAUACUGUAUUUGUUUGUGAAAUAGCUCAGAAUAAAAGAAUUCCCACCAAGAGA